AUGAGGCCCGCGGCCUCCGCCAGAGUGGUGGUCGUGCAGGCGAUCAGCGCGCUGUGCCAGAAGUACCCGCGCAAACACGCGGUGCUCAUGAACUUCCUGUUCACCAUGCUGCGGGAGGAGGUGAGAGUGCGGGGGGUGUGGGGGCGGCGCCGGGCGUCCCCUGUGUCCCCGGGUCCACCCUCCAAGGGUGAGGAGGCCCGCGGCCUCCGCCUAGGCCGCGUGCAGGUGGCCAUGAAGCACCCGUCGGCGGUGACGGCCUGCAACCUGGACCUGGAGAACCUGGUGACGGACGGGAACCGCAGCAUCGCCACGCUGGCCAUCACCACGCUGCUCAAGACGGGCAGCGAGGCCAGCGUGGACCGGCUCAUGAAGCAGAUCUCCUCCUUCAUGUCCGAGAUCUCCGACGAGUUCAAGGUGGUGGUCGUGCAGGCGAUCAGCGCGCUGUGCCAGAAGUACCCGCGCAAACACCCCAAUCCGCUGCUCAUGAACUUCCUGUUCACCAUGCUGCGGGAGGAGGGCGGGUUUGAGUACAAGCGUGCCAUCGUGGACUGCAUCAUCAGCAUCAUCGAGGAGAACUCGGAGAGCAAGGAGACGGGCCUGUCGCACCUGUGCGAGUUCAUCGAGGACUGCGAGUUCACCGUGCUGGCCACUCGCAUCCUGCACCUGCUGGGCCAGGAGGGGCCCAAGACCAACAGCCCCUCCAAGUACAUCCGCUUCAUCUACAACCGCGUGGUGCUGGAGCAGGAGGAGGUCCGCGCAGGCGCCGUGAGUGCCCUGGCUAAGUUUGGAGCCCAGAACGAGGAGAUGCUGCCCAGCAUCCUGGUCCUGCUCAAGAGGUCAGUCCCCGCCCGGCCGGGACCCGCGACCCGCGACCUGCGACCUGCGACCCGCACCCGCCACCCCCCGUCCCGGCCUCUACCUGUCAUCCUCCCCGUCCGGCCUCCAGGUCUCACGGUGUCCAUCCCGGGCCUGGAGCGGGCGCUGCAGCAGUACACUCUAGAACCUUCCGACAAGCCCUUCGACCUCAAGUCUGUGCCCUUGGCCACCGCCCCCACCACCGAGCAAAGAGCAGAAAACGCCCCGAUAGCCGCGGUCAAACAGCCCGAGAAGGUGGCGGCCACCCGGCAGGAGAUCUUCCAGGAGCAGCUGGCGGCCGUUCCCGAGUUCCGGGGCCUGGGCCCCCUCUUCAAGUCCUCGCCGGAGCCCGUGGCCCUCACGGAGUCCGAGACCGAGUAUGUCAUCCGCUGCACCAAGCACACCUUCCCCGAGCACAUGGUGUUCCAGUUCGACUGCACCAACACGCUCAACGACCAGACCCUGGAGAACGUGACGGUGCACAUGGAGCCCACCGAGGCCUACCAGGUGCUGUGCCAGGUGCCCGCCCGCAGCCUCCCCUACAACCAGCCCGGCACCUGGUCCCCGGAGAGGUGA